AUGCGGGAAGACCAGAUCGUGAAUGGCGUUAACUUUUUGGUUCAUCCCAAGGCGAAGACCGCUCCACUGUCUCAAAGAAUCAGCUUUCUCGAGAACAAGGGAUUGACCGCUGAGGAGAUAUCUGCGGCUCUUUCUCGAGCGGAAGGGGGCGAGGGCAGCAAUGGAUCUGCGACCGCGGGAGGGAGCUCGGAACUAUCGUCGAUAUCAGCAUCAUCAGGAUCCUCCGCCUUUCCGGCAGAAGCCUCCAUCCCCUUAUGGAUACAACUGGCAGUCCCGGGAGUGCUUGCCAUGGGAGCUGUCGGCGCGCUGGGCACCUACUACGCAGCCUCACGAUCAGAGGGUGGCACUCCAAGCCAGAGCGGUGCCUCUAGCCGAGCGGCGGCCGCAGCGGCGGGAAGAAUACCGCACUCGGCUGGCGCGACAGAAGCCACGACCUGCGGAGGCAUGGGGCACUCUGAACCGAGAGGGGCCGACGCAGCGGCGGAGAACUCUGCCUACGCCGAGCGUGCCUACGAGCAGGGUGGACUGGCUCGUUCGCAGACCCUUGAGGACGGGACGGCGUUCCUCCCGUUCGACGGCAGCGAACAAGCACCACCAGGAACAUCUCCGAGCGAGCCUCCGCUCGCGGGAGAAUUCCGCCGCCUCACCGAGACGAUGGAGCAGCAGACGGGUCACCUCGUGGAAGCGGUCGAGGCGAUGAAGGCGCUCGCGUCUCGCGCGGAGCAGGACAGCAGCAGCCUCCUGGCCGCGCGGGUCGGCAGCCACACCUCGGAGCUCAGAGCCGAGCUCGGCACCAUCAAGCAGCUUCUUUUGCUGCAGGCUGGGGUGGAGGGUGGUGGUGCGGGCACGAAGAGUAUCGGGGCCAUUUCUUCCGUCGGAGCAGCCGAUGCAAGGGAAGCGAGUAGGAAAGCAACAACCGACAGGAGUGAUACGAGUGCCAGUGUCGUAGGGGCCGACGGCGGCGGCGAGGGCGCGAGAAGUAGAAGUUCGGAGGGCUUGAACGGGGGAGCAGGCGAGCAGGCGAACGGUGCGAGUGUUUCAGGCGGGCUGCCGGUGAGGGACCCGGAGAAGGACAAGGCUCAAGAAGCGGCGGACAAAGCAGCCGCGGAGGCGGCGGCCCUGGCGGCGACGGAAGGCAGGAAGGCGACUGCUCGAGCCGCCCUCGCCGCUCUUGUGGCGGACAACUCAGCCCAGGCCGCCAAGGACGGGAUGGCCAUGCUUCGGAUGCUGGUCGCGAACCUCGUCAACCAGCCGAACGUGCCGCGGUACCGCCGCAUCGCCACUAGCAACGACAACUUCAAGAAGAGAUUGCUGCCGUUGGAGGGCCACAGGGCGAUGAUGGAGGCCGUCGGCUUCAAGCCCAAGGGUAGCCUUUGGGAGUGGACAUGGCACGAGGACAGCACCCCGUCUGCAUCAAGCAACAACAAGGCCGUCCUGGAAGACAUCGUCAAGGCGAUCGAUGCCGUAGUCAGGCCGAAUGGCCCGCCCCUUUCCACCGCAACAGCGGCAACUGUUGUUCCUCCCGCUGCGGCUGUCGCCGCCCCAGCCGCCGCUUCCACCGCCGCCGCUCUUACACCUCCAGCGCCGCCGCCGGCGACAAACGUGACUGCCGGAUGGAGCACGAGAUCGUCGGGGGACCGCGGGGGUGGGUGCACAGCCGUGUCGGAGGCGAACGGUGGCGCUCGUGGCAGCAGUAGACCUUCGCUGGUCCCUGACUCAGGGGCGGCGGGCGCGGCGGGCGAUGGUGAUGCCGUCAAGGGCAGCGACGGCAGAUCCUCGAGUCGUGGUGGUGUUGAGUCGGCGCCUGCCCUGGGGACACGGAAUGAUGUUCUUGCGGCAGCUGCCCAAGUCAACGGGGUUGGUGGGGACGCGGGUGGGGCAUCAUCGCGCAUCGCUCAAGGCGAUGAGGCCCCGAGCGCCGCAGAGCCGGUGGCGGCGGGGGCGGAACCCCAGGGAAAGCGCACGGCGAGCACGAAGGAAAACGACCUGGUAGUGGAGGCUGUUGAGGCGGCCGAGCGGGGAGCACCCCCCGCAUCGAUGGCAGAGGUGGCCGCAGCAAUCCAGCGGGGUGAUGAGCCACCAGGGAUACGGGUUGUUGAAGACCGUCUCUCCGACAGUGCGCCGUCGCUCGCUGUGUCGUCACGACCCUCUCCUCCGAAGCCUUGGGAAGUGUUGUCAUCGAGAGAGGAUGCAAACGGCGACGGGAUAGAGGGUGGGGUCGGAACUGGGGGAGCCCAUGGGUACCGCGGUCACGAGGAGGAGAGGUCGCGGCCGCAACACGCCGUUUCUAUCGGACCGUGAGAUUUAUACGUGGUAUCGCGUUCAUGAGGCAGAAGUGCGUAAUACCGCAGCUUUGUGGGGUCCGGACAUUUGAAAGGUAGAGUCAGACAAUGCAAAAUAUGUUAACGUCGCUGUUGUGUGUGUUUCUUUGUACCAUGUGUUGAUGUCGAGAUAGAUAAUGUUGGAACCUUGUCCCCUCGCCCCCUCUCACUGGUGGAAUGCAAUGCACGUAUACAAUAGUAUGAGCUUGCAACGGCCCUGGCGUAACUUCGGCAUGUCUUACUUGUAGCGGCCCGGUGGUGUUAAACGUCGGUGUCGGGGCGGCACACGUUGCACCCGACCUGUCCAGCUAAGUUCGACUCGGGCCUUGUCAUCGCCAUCAUCGCCAUCACGACGGUGAACGGUGCCGCGGGUUGAACGUGCUUCGUUGAAUAUUUCCGCGGCUGUGCGGCGUUUGGCGAGUAAAUGUACGGUUCACAUGCCGCUGAUGAAGCGGGCGGGGAACAGCAGUAUAGUAUUCCUUGUCGGUCGAGCUGGUGCGACCAUGCUCGGGUUUUAUGCACCACGAACUUCUUUGGGUUGAAAUCUCUG